CACAAUCAAUCGACGCGAAGGACGGACCCUACAGGGGUAAACACAUAAUCAAUCGGGGCGAUUAGAUUCGAGUGCGCGCGUAUCCACAGAAUCGAUUAGCAACCGAUCUCUCCCAACCCAAAUCGAUGGGUGAGAUGUUGGAGGAUUCAUCACGCGAUGUCUCGACGGUGUUUCUCCAGGCCGAAGGUGAGCCAGAGGAGGCCAAGGGCGGGGCCGCCAUGGACAUGGAGAUAUGUAUGCUGCGCGAGCGGGUGCGCGAGCAGAUGGACAAACUAGUGCAGAGUUUGAUCUCGGCAGACAAGGAACAAGAGAAACUGGAGGCAAUCCCCACGUUGCAGUCCAUCUCGGAUACAAUCGGGCGGCUCUGUGCAGCCCACGGCCAACCGGCCAUCGACAGCGGCAACCUGAAGGAGGAGGAGGAAGAGGACCUUGAUGAGACGGGCAUGAGCGGCAGGGAAGGCAGAGUCGCGGAAGAACCGGUGGUCUACCGCGAACGCAAUGCAGCCGCGGAGACCAACCCGGGAGCCGAGGAAGUCGACUACGCCGAGUACGAGGAGGAGGCCUUCGCUCGCUUCCGCACGGACUGGGAGCGUCGCAAAGGCAAACACUGCUUCGAAGAUCUGACCUUGAUCAGUCCCAUGCUCUUUACACACUACACGCCGGGAUUCAUGCCAAUCCACGCCGUCCCCGCGAGGACCCUACAGAUCUGUUCCAUCAAAGUCACCGACGUGAAACUCUUCGAGUGGCCGCUGCAGGUGUACGGCGUGGUUGCUGCCAGAGAUGCUGUGGAUGAGCACCGCAACCCCAUCUUUCUUCGUUCAAGGGAUGACUGCCAAAUCCUCAAUGAAGCGGAUCCUUUUCUAUACCUGACUAGCCCAGUUCGUGCAAUUAUGUCAGAGAAGCCCGUUCACAUUGAAAUCCAACUCAAAGUAAAGGGCACAACGGCCUUCGAAGAUAGAGCUUUGCUCAGUUAUGUCUUUUAUUAUGAUGGUGAUUAUUAUGAAGCUAGUUUAAGUACGAUCAUCAUUGAAAAGCACUCUUGCACACUAGAGUUAGGCGCCCAACAGCUUAAACGUUCAGUUCAAGCCACUAUCUUUGGUGUUCAUGUUGCUGAUUACAAAUCAAAUCCUUUUGAGCAUGGAGUUCGAGUGGUCUGCUCCUCACUAUCUCAGCAGCACGACACCAAAGACGCCGAUGAGUCCCCAUCUAUGGAAGUUGUGUUGCUUGAUUCGAAAGUUGAAAGAAAGUGCGUAGUGAAACGUGGUUACCUCAAUCUGUCAAGGCAAGUAGUUUCUGUAAACUUGAGUGGAAAGCUUAAAGUUCUCAUUCAAGCAUACACACCAUCCGGGGAAAUCAUGACACAGGGUCAUGUCUUCGUCAUGCCCAAAACAAGCAACACCAGUCAACAUGCAUGUGACCUUGAUGGCUUCAAGGUGGAGUUUACCGUUGCAUGGUCCUUUCUUGUUCAAGAUGAGGAGCAUAUCUUGAUGAAUGGGCGUGUGGAUCCUUUGGCCCCGUGUCCUUCAGAACCCUCCCUUUUCCUCAAGGAGACGACAGCGAAACCGACAAAGGUAGUACAGAAAUGGCAACCUCCUGAUCAUCCUUUAAUCAAGGUCAAUGUGGAUGCUUCUUUCCAUGAAGUAGCACAACAAGGUGGCACGGGACUGGGCAUUCGCAAUCACGAGGGCACUUUGCUACGUGCCCAAGCAAUAUGGUAUGAUGCAGGGCUUAGCGCAAUGGCCAUGGAGGCUUACGCAAUCCGAGAUGGGGUCCAAAUGGCACGCAACAUUGGUAUGCGGAAGGUGAUAGUUGAAACCAAUGCCCAAACAGUGGCGAACAUGUGGAAUGCUAGAUGUUUCGAUCAUUCUGAGAUAGCUGCCACUUUGCAUGAAAUACGAAAGCUUUGUUGGAAUCUAGAGGAGUUUCGCUUAGUAUUCACGACGAGGGAAGCGAAUGAAUUGGCCCAUCUUUGUGCACAACAAUGUAGUGCCUCUAGGAGAAGGUGUUUAUGGAUCAAUUAUAUCCCAGCCUUCCUUGCCGAUUGUGUAAGGAAAGAAUGUAAUCCCACUAUAUGAUCAAUGAAGCUCUUGAGUCUUCUAGAAAAAACCCGGCUAGCAUGCUAUUUAUAUAUUGAGAAAAGUAUGUUUUCGGUCC